AUUGCUGAAGAGAAUACAGCAAUGCAUUUUCCUGAAAGAACAGUACCAAACAUCAUUUCAGAGAAUUAGGGAGAAGCUAAAGGAAAAUCCAAGUGACAGGCAGUUUGAUUUCAGUGAAAACUAUAUUUUUGGAAAAUUCGACACAUUCUGUAAACGUCUGGAGAAGAUUUCGGAUAUGAGCAAUAUUAUGGAAAGCCUACUAGAGCUCCAGUGCAUAAAAAUAGAAGGAAUUGAAGAGAUCAAUACUCACUUCCAGACCAUUGCUACAAAUACCAAAUCAAAAGAGUAUGAUGUUCUGGAUCACAGAAAAAAAGAGUUUGAUAAAGAUUACCUUGAGUUUAAGAACCAAAUUGCAACACUGUAUGAGUCCAUACAAGAAUUUGUGGAUUCCUGUUUUGAGAAGACUGUGACUACUGAACAGAUGCUGAGACUUCUGAUGAAGCUUGAGCAAAUAGGAGAAAAUCAAAUUGAUCUUAAUGAGAAGUAUACCAUUGUCCUUCAGCAAUACACUCAAGACUUAGACUUUGUGCAAAAACUCUACCAGGAGCAAAAAGAAAAUCCACCUAUCCCACGUAAUAUACCACCAGUAACAGGGAAGAUUAUGUGGGCCCAGCAGUUGUUCAGAAAAAUUGACCAUCCAAUGAGAUUCUUUAAAAAGAAAACUACGCUUCUGAAGGUUGGAAAUGAGCAAAGGAUAACAUUGGAAAUGAAAAAGGUUGCUAAGAGCUACAAUAAAAUGGCUGCAGUUCUUUUGGAAUUUGAACUUAUUUAUUAUAGAGCGUGGUGCAGGUUUGCUGACCAGGCUAGAAAUGCUCUACAUGCUUUUUUACUUGUCAGGCACCCAGAAACCAAUGAAUUGGUUGUAAACUUGGAUCCAGUGGUCCUGGAAGUACUUUAUGAAACAAAGUACCUGAAAAAAAUGCAUUUUAACAUUCCAGAUGUUGUCCUCAGCUUGUGUGCAGAUGAAGAACAGAUUAAAAAACAUCAAAUGGAUCUCAAGAAUCUAUUGAUCAAUUACAAAGAGCAUCUGAAUAGAAUUCCUGUUGUGCUGAAACCACUAAUGAAGCCAUUCAUAGAACAAGUUGAGGAUGCCCUUGCUCCAGGCAUGACACUGCUGUCCUGGACUUCUUCAAACAUCAAUAAAUUUAUUGAAAAUGUUUAUAGUACCAUGAGGGAAUUGGACUUUAUAGUCAAAGAAGCUGCUGACACCCUGGAGUGCAGAAUUGAAAGAGUUCUGGAGGAUAUGUCAAACACUGCUCUGAUAGUUUUACCGGAAGAUGAACCUAUAGAUGUAUCUACAUUCUUGGAACAUACAGAAAAUCUUGCUGUCUCUACUGCUCGCAAACUUUCUCAACAGAGUCAGCAAGUGGAAUGCUCUGUGUAUGAACUGGUAGACACUCUUAUGCACAGGCUGAAAGCAGAUACUGGAAGAACUCUGGAGGAUUCAUACUCCUGUACGCAUCUUGACACAAAACAGAAAACACGCUGCCAAGAAUGCAUGUCUUGUUGUUGCUAUUAUCUCACGGGACAGCUUUGUCAGAGGAAUACUGAUUCUUUAGUCAGAUGCACGAAGAUUUCCUUAGAGUCCUUGAGACAUCAAUUGCGUGUUGUUGACUCUAGGUAUCAGAUGAUCAGGUCUGUAGAGACAAAGAGAAUUCCUUUGUUCAAAACUGAAUUUCAGCUGGCUAUUCCUAAUGUUGUCUUGCGACCAAGUCUCGAAGAUAUUCAGAGUGCUGUAAACAAAGCAGUAAAUAUAAUGUUAUCAAUAGCCAAAGAUAUCCCACUCUGGAAAUUUGCUUACUUACAUCAUAAGCAGCAGCAGGCUGAACAAUCUGUUGCCAUAGAGUUAGGUGAUGAGAACAAAUUCACCAGGAUGUUGGCACUGAAGCCUUUCGACAAGCAGAUCAUCGAGCAUAAGGAUGUAAACAAAGUGGUGAUUCAACUAAAUACAGUUAUUUUGUCUCUCAAAGCUAGAGCAUCGGAUCUUCUGAACUGCUUUUCUGAAUUUUCAGGCAUCUGGAAUAAGGAUCCAGAGGAAAAAGUGAAGGAAUUCAUAGAGACUAAACCAACAAUGGCUGAAUUCCAAACUCAAAUUGGAUACUUUUCUCAAUUAGAACUGCAAAUCAGAGAACUGCCGAAUCACUUUGUUCUGGAAUCAGUGGAUAUUGCGACAGAGUCAUUGAAAAUAGCCCUUGUUCAGGAGUGCCACUCAAGACAAAGAACAUUUGGAUUAGCUUUGAAUGAAAGGUCUGCCACAGACAUGGAUGAAAUUUAUUCAUUCAUCGAAAACCUUAGCAAGAAAUUAAACAGGCCUAUCCAUGACCUUGAUGAUGUACGGGGAGCAAUGGAAGCACUAAAGGAAAUUCGAGAGAAUGAAGUUAAAAUUGACAUGACAGUUGGACCUAUUGAAGAAUCUUAUUCUGUGCUUCAGAGAUACAAUCUGCUUUUUCAGGAUGGAAACAUGGAAAGAGUUGAUGGAUUGGCUUAUGCCUGGAAGAACCUAAAAACACAGGCACUGCAGGUUGAGGAUUUGCUACUGAAGGUACAGCCAAACAUGAAAACAGAUUUGCUGAGAGGUGUUCAGAGAUUCCAGACUGAUACUGCAGAGUUUUGCAAAGACUAUAAUGAAAAGGGCCCCAGUGAAGAAAAUGUUCCUCCCCAUGAAGCAAGUGAGAGAUUACAGCUCUUUCAAGCUAAAUUUGAUGAACUGUGGACAAAGUAUAUCUCUCUUUCUAGUGGGGAAGAAUUAUUUGGUCUUCCUGUUACAGAGUAUCCCGAACUGCACAAAAUUAAACGUGAGCUUUCAUUGCUUCAGAGACUUUACAGUCUUUAUAAUUCAGUUAUUGCUAGUAUCAACGGAUACAAUGAAAUGCUUUGGAGUGAUUUGAAUAUUGAAAAAAUUAACAACGAACUUCUGGAUUUUCAAAACAACGCGCAUGAGCCGAGCCAGACCCCGGCGUCACGGCCGAGCACGCAGGCGCAGGGCAAGCGCACAGCUUCCCCUCGCUCUUCGGGAGGCACGCGUGCGCCUUGCGCUGCCUCACCCGCGUCUGCGCCGUGUUGUCAGUCGGAGGUGGGAGAGUUCUUCGGUGUUGCGGGCUGGUCCUUCGGGGACGGCUAUCGGGGCGUUUUGCGGCCCCUGUGGAUUUCACAUCACUUCAAUAAAUUAAAUGUAGAAGCCAAUAGCAUGAGUCGGUGUCGUUCUUCUUGGCUGUUUUCGCGGUGGCUCUGGGGUCUGCCGAGGCGCGGGGCUGCUGCUUGCCUGGAGCUUUGUGUCAUACAACACCGCGGGACGCUAAAAAACGCGUAG